AUGUUGGACAUCGUAUUACCAAAGACGCAAUCUACUGGAGACUGCAAGGAAAUGAGGGAACUUACUGCUCGAAUCUGCCGUGAUUAUCUUCAUGGAGUAUGGAAGAAAGUCAAUGCGAAAAAUAUUGACUUCAAACAUAUUAGCGGCGGUCUGUCGAACCUCCUGUACCACGUCUCCCUACCAGAAUCCCUCUUCGCCGAGUCCAAACGGCAGGACGAGCCCAAAGAGGUGCUCAUCCGAGUCUACGGCCAAACGCACGGUGAGGGCGCCAUCGAGGCCCUCAUCACCGAGUCCGUGGUGUUCACGCUGCUGUCCGAGCGGGGCCUCGGCCCCAAACUGCACGGCAUCUUCCCUGGCGGCAGGAUCGAGCAGUACAUCGAUGCCAGGCCGCUGAAGACCAGGGAAUUGGCCGACGAGAAACUGUCCGUUCGUAUCGCACAAAAAAUGGCCAGUAUUCAUGAGAUGGAGGUACCACUGCACAAAGAACCAGAAUGGCUAUGGAACACUCUGAACAGGUGGCUUCAAACCUGUGAAAAGAAACCAAUUAAAAAUAUGCCCGAAUACGUGAGUGACAUAAUGGAGAAAACCGAUUUGAAAACCGAGGCGAAUUGGCUCAAAAAUAGACUGGAAACCGAAGACUGUUCUGUAGUUUUUUGUCACAACGAUAUGCAAGAGGGAAAUAUUUUGAUUUCCAGGGAUGCGGACGCAAACAUGGAAGACCCUGAACUUGUAAUAAUUGAUUUUGAAUACUGCUCGUACAACUAUAGAUCCUUCGACAUUGCGAACCACUUCGCGGAAUGGGUCUACGAUUACACCGAACCCAACCAUCCAUUCUUCAAGGAGGAUUUGACCAAGUAUCCGUCUGAAAAGCAGAGAUUGGACUUCAUCAGGGCGUACUUGCACGAGAGGGGCUCCCGAGAGAACCCGAAGAAGGUCAUGAGAGAGGUGGAGGUGUUCACUUUGGCUUCACAUUUAUUCUGGGCGGUAUGGGCCCUCAUCAAUGCCAAGACCUCACAGAUUCCAUUCGGAUACUGGGAAUAUGCCGGUUGCAGACUAUCCGCGUAUUUUCAGCUGAAACAAAAACUGUCAGGCUGUACACAACUGAAAAGGAAGAUGGAUGAACUGACAGUGUAA